AUCAGGACAGGAGGAGGUGGGGGAGGAGUAAGAGGAGGUGGGGGGCGUGAGAGAAGAAGCCCGUCGUCGGUCGUCGCUUUUUUUUCUCUCUAUCAUUUCCUCUCUGUCAGUUUCCUCUGUACCUUUUCUCGCUCUCUGUGUUUCUUUCCUCUCUUUUUUCUCUCUCUCUCUCUGUCUGUCUGUGUCAUUCUGUUGCUCUGCUUGUUCCUUGAAUGUCGCCUGGGUUACGCCCGGCCGCUGGAAUUUCCCAACACUCCCUCACAGGGCGGACAGGACAGGAAGGCUCAGGGAGAUAAGCCACGGAACACGGAGCCGAAAAGAGCUGGAUGGCGAAGAACCUGCGCUCCUUCGUCGAUCUCUCUUCUUCUUCCUCCGCCUCUCCAUCCCUCCGUCCCUCCUCAUCCCUUGUUCCGGACGAUAGGUCCUGGGUCAUCUGUCCCAGGCUUUGGUUGUUUGUUUUUUGGGGGUUCUUUCUGUUUGAGUUCCUGUCAUUUUUUUCUUCCCCAAAAAGUCGUUAAUCCGACAGAGGCAAAGUUUGGGAUUAGGUGAGUCAGGGAAACGGAGAGAGAUCGGACCUGUUCCUGAACUCAGCCGUUCGAGACGGACUGCUGUGUGUUUCUUCUCAUUGAUUGCCAUCCAUCUUUUCUUUCAUUUUUCUCUCUGCCUCGUUCUCGGACGGUGGAGCAUGGAGGUGUUUGAUGCGACGUGUCUCUGUGUGUGUUUGUGAAGUCCACAUGACAGCAGCAGUUUUACAUCCAAAUUCGGCUGUCGUCCAUUUGAUGUAAUCGGAUCUGCACUGUUGCCUCGACAACUGUCCCAAAUCAGGGGACCAUUAACAGCCAUCUACGACUGUUUUGAUCUACUGAAUAACUCUCUUUCCAAAAGCUCCAGCUAGGGGACAAGGGAGGGGAGGACAGACAGUGUUCCCCCCCAGCAAGGACCUGGGACGCGGGGGAGAGAGAGCCCAUGGAGACACGAGGGGGGUAGGACGGUACUUUCUUCUUCUCUACUCAAUGUCUCUAUCCUGCCAGCAGCAUGACUCCUCUUAGAUCCUGUCACUGUGUUUGGAGAGGGAGCAUCACCUACCGGAGCAACACUUGAUCUGGAAAGACUAAACACUGCCUACAAAGAACUACAACUACCAAAAGUCUACAGGGCUCUUCCAACUCCAACGACAAUAACUAUAAAUAAAAAAUAAAAAAAACUUCUCCUGACUUCAUUGGGACUUGUGGACUCCACCCACCCCACGCGCGUUCUCCUAUUUCUAUCCCCGCUCCCCGACCUCCACCUCGGGUGCUGCAGGAAAACCUCCACCGCCCCCUCAGCUGUGAGCACCCCCACCAUCAGUCCGAGCGCCUCCUCCGUCCCGUCGCCCUGGGAGACCCGGCAGGGGGGCGGCCGCCGACCUCAGCCCUGCGCCACCCCCCCACCGGCGGAAGGCGAAGGCUAAGGCUAAGCGCCCGCCGCGGGUUCCGACGCCGCCGCCAACCCCAAGAUGGCCGCUCUCGCCAGCUCGCUCAUCAGGCAGCGCCGGGAGAUAAAGGACCCUCAGGCCAACCGGCAGAUCGCCAACAAGCGCAAACCCUGCCCCAAAGCCAACAAGUCCCUCUGCCAAAAGCAGAUUCUCAUACUCAUCUCCAAAGUCCGGUUAUGUGGCAGUCGAGGGCGAAAACUCGAAAAAAGACCAGAGCCUCAGCUGAAAGGCAUCGUCACGCGCCUGUACUGCCGGCAUGGCUUCUACCUCCAGAUGCUCCCCGGUGGCACCAUGGACGGCACAAAGGACGAAAGCAGCUCCUUCUUGCUGUUCAACUUGAUUCCAGUGGGCUUGAGGAUAGUGGCCAUCCAGAGCACUAAGACAGGGCUCUACGUCGCCAUGAACAGCGAGGGCUACAUGUACGCCUCGGAACACUUUACGCCGGAGUGCAAGUUCAAGGAGUGUGUGUUUGAGAACUACUACGUCACCUACUCCUCCAUACUGUACCGACAGACCCAGUCGGGCCGGGCCUGGUACAUCGGCAUCAACCGGGACGGCCAGGUCAUGAAGGGGAACCGGGUCAAGAAGACCAAGGGCGCCGCACACUUCCUACCCAAACUCAUAGAAGUGGCCAUGUACACAGAACCUUCCCUGCAUGCGGUCGGAGUGCAGAGCCCGGCGUGGAAAACAGCCAAGACGUCAGUCGACUCGCCCGUCCACCCGAACAGCAAAAAAGACGCGCCUGCCAAGACCGCCGCGGCCUCCUAGCGCUGGCCGAGAGAGGGGCACGGAAGGGGCAGUCAGAGGGGCACGGAUGUGAACGUGGCCAUGGGGCAAGAGCACAGGGCAGAGGGCAAGGCACACAACAAAAAAAUACUACGCCUCUGACCUCUGAGAACUCCGUUUCCCAUGAUUCAACUGGGUCCAUCAGUGAACCCUGCCUGACAGACAUGGUACAGCCUGACCUAAGCCAACCCAUGCAAAC